UGUCAAAGUGCCCAAAUCAAAAAUGGCCGCUGACAGCUUCCGCUCAAGAAUCCUCUCCAUGGUGUCUGACAGAGGACGCUACAUGCUCCUCUUCCGUUCAGCCGCGUCAAGAAGAUGCGCCGGAAGUGACGUCAUCGCCGCCUGCCAUUGGAACAUGAGCGCCUGUAGAGGAUUUGCCCUUCUUUCCCGCAACGUCCUGGCGGCGUCCCGUUGUCAGGUGCUCAGAACAAGGCAGCCCCCCUCUUGUUACUGUGCUGUUACCCAGACAUACAGACAUGUGACAUCUGCUUUCUGUUUUAGAAAUAGCCGAGCGGUAACUACAGUGACCUCAGGGACGCCUCCAAAUGACCUACAGGCCAGCGUGCAGAAGUUGAUAAGCACUACGGAUGAACCAGACGUCCUGUACAAGAAAAUAGAAGUGUUAGCGAAGGGUCAUGACAAAUCUGUGCUGGAUAGUUACGAAUAUUUCAUAGCCCUGUCAGCUAAAGAGCUUGGUCUGUCUCUUGAGGUGCGUGAACCACAGAGGAAGAUAGAACGUUUCACCCUCUUAAAAUCUAUACACAUUUUUAAGAAGCAUAGAGUACAAUAUGAGAUGAGGACACAUUACAGAAACUUUAAACUGACACAUCUGACAGGGAGCACAGCGGACGUGUACUUAGAAUAUAUCCAGCGCAAUGUCCCUGAAGGGGUGGCCUUAGAAAUCACAAAGACCAAACUUGAAAAAUUACCAGACCAUCUAAAACAGCCAAUAUGGGACACGCUGGACCGUGAAGAACAGAAAGAACCUGUGUGAUCUGUGCCAUUGCCUUUGUAAGGCUAUAAUACUAAACCUGUUAUAAUAAAAUGUUGGACCAGA